AUGUCACCCAGUGAUGAUUCAUCUUAUGAUAGAAGUUUGGAUUCCAAUGAGUCAACUGCUCCUGUGAAAAAGAAAUACACUAGAAGACGUUUGCUCCCUCGUUCCAAGAAUGGCUGUUGGAUUUUGUGUGCUAGUUGCUUCAAAUUUGGUAUUGAAUGUGAUUAUAAUCCUGUUAAGCCUGAUUAUGUCACCGAUAAGAAUUUAAGGAAACAGAAGUUGAUUGAUAUUACCACCACCCGGAAAAAGCAGGCUAGUAUUUGUGGUGGUACCAAAAGUAAGAAGAGUAAGUCGGCCAAUUAA